AUGGGCGGCGAGGGCCGGCAGGGCAUCAUCAUCCCAGGGCCGGGACGUGCCAGCACCACCGAGGGACAGGGCACCGUCCCCACCAUCCGGCCUGGCACGGGCGGGGAGCAGGUGGUGGAAAACCGCGGGGGCUCGGACGCGGCCGGGGCUGGCACCGGGCUCGAUCCCAGCCGGGCCGGGAAGAGGAUCCUGCUUUUUCUUUCCAAGCUCAGAAACCAGGGAGAGGCUUCGCCCUUCCCACCCCGGCUCCGCUCCCGUUCGGGGGGCUCUGGCAGCGUUUUGGGCACCCUCUUCCUUCCCUGUGCCCUCAGGUUCCUGGGAUACGUGGACAUGCUGGGAGUGGCCUACGAGGCGCCGACGUUGGCCACGGGUUUUGGGGCCUACCUGGCUCAGCCCCUGAUGAGGGAGGUCCUGGAGAAGAAGCAGAGCCUGACCCAGGAGGAGGCCCGGGACCUCCUGGAGCGCUGCCUGCGGAUCCUCUACUACAGGGACGCCAGAUCCUUCAACAGGUAUGAACUCGCCACCGUGACGGAGAAGGGGGUGCAGGUGGAGGGACCCCUGACCCUGGAAGCCAACUGGGACAUCGCCCACGUGGUCAGCGGCUUCGAGUGAACCCCGGGAGCUGCUCCAGGUCGUCGUGUCCUUUGUAUCCCACCCUUUGUGUCCUCGUCCCUCUGGAAUGUCCCUCUGGAAUGUCCCAUCCGUGGUUUUGGGAAUAAAAACAAGACCUUUUAA